AUUUAAAGUUACCAUCUGUUACUGAUGUUGUCGUUUCGUUAUCACACAUUACCUUCAAGAGUUUAUUCAUGGCCCUAAACAUUUUUUUGUAAGAACAGGAAAAAUGUUUAAUAGACAAUGUGAUGCUUUUCUUGUAAACUUUAAGUUUUCUGAAUUUGAUAUAUUAUUGAACACCUAAGUGCUGUGACAUGGCAAGGGUUGUUUUGCAUGAGACUGACAGUGAUAAGAACCUGAAUUUCCAUAAUAAUCAUUGCUUUUCAAAUUUAAUUACUUCUGCUGGAAUCAUACUAAUUUAUUUCCCUUUAUCAAUUGGACUUACAUUUUAUCAAAGAUGGUUUUUGAAAGAUUUUCAUUUUCCUUUGCUAGUUGUGAUGGUUCACCUUCUUACCAAAUUCUUUGCAGCUGCUUUAUGUCGAAGCAUUUGGAAAUGUUGUACUGGAAAGAAACGGAUCCGACUUGAUUGGCCCAAUACUGUCAGAAAAAUAGUUCCUACAGGGCUUUCAAGUGGAUUGGAUGUAGCAUUUUCUAAUUGGGGAAUUGAAUUAAUAACCGUAUCUUUGUAUACCAUGACUAAAUCAACAGCAAUUGUUUUUUUACUUAUAUUUGCCUUGUUGUUUAAACUUGAAGAGAAGACCUGGUCGCUGUUUUUAACUGUUUCUAUGAUAUCAGGAGGUCUUGUUCUAUUUACGUACAAAGCUGCCCAAUUUAAUCUUUUGGGUUUUCUAUUAGUAAUGUUUGCUUCAUUAUGCAGUGGGCUUCGUUGGACCCUAGCUCAGUUUGUUAUGCAAAAAUCUGAUGUGGGAUUAAGUAAUCCAAUAGACAUGUUAUAUCAUGUUCAGCCCUGGAUGUUCUUUUCAAUUUUGCCAUUUGUAAUGAUUUUUGAAGCUGGAGAUGCCAUCACAGGUUGGAAUGCCCUUGUGUUCCCUCAAGAUUAUGGUAUCGUGUGGGCUAAAGUUGGUUACAUCUUACUUGGAAGUGUCUUGGCUCUUGCUAUGGAGCUUUCUGAAUAUCUUGUUGUCUCAAGAAUGUCAAGUCUCACUCUUUCAGUUGCUGGCAUUUUUAAAGAAGUUUGCACAUUAACCUUAGCUAUUGAAUGGAAUGGUGAUGUUAUGUCAAAACUUAACUUUGUUGGACUUCUAUUUUGUCUAGCCGGUAUAUGUCUUCAUGUUUUUAAAAGAGGAAGUAAAGAGUCGAACAGAAACAGAGGCCGGAGUAAAUCUUUGGAUGAAGCAUCAGCCAGGUUUUUAGCUGAAGCUACUGCAUCAUCUGAUGACGACGAUAACAGAGAUGAUUCUUCUACUGAAGUACUGUUUAGUGUACUCCAGUCCAGAGAUAGAUGACUAUCACACUAAGAGAAUUAUUUCUGAGCUGCAGUUACGUAUAUAGUAGAAAAUGGAGAAUUUCUUGACCACAGUUCUAAUUCUGUUUGCUUGCUAAGUUGUACUUUAAUUUUUUUUUUUUUAAAUUGUCAACUUUUAAGCUUUAAUUUAAUUUAUUUUUUAUAUUUUUAUUUGCUCAUUAAAAUUAUGUUAAAACUUAAUUUUCUUUUUUGUUGUAUGUUGUAUUUAAAAGUGUUUCAGUUAUAAGUAUUAGAAAUGAACAUAAAUAAUAUUUAUGUUUAUUAUUAUUUUUCAUGUUAUAUUUAACAUUCCAGGAAAGUAUUUUUAUUA